AGCGCCAUUUUUGAAAAUGUUUUGUUGACACACAAAGUGAAAAUUUGUUAUUUGUACACAACUUUAAACGGCCCUUUAAACAAUGAUUAAGGUGACAGUCACAUAAUCAAUCAUGAACAGAAAGUCGAGGUCAAUCACUAGACGCUCAUCAAUCUUGAAGAUAGAUGUAAAUAGGGAUGAUGACACUGGGAUUGUGGGCGGUAGGAACAGAAGGUCAUCAAGAAGAGUUAGCUUUGCUGAGAUGUGCCAGAUAAAAGAGUUUCAAAAAGAUUCUCCAAAAGUGUAUAAAGAUAUCCAUUCAGAUGAAGACAGUGAUGGAAAACAUGCAGAGAGUUCUGCACAGUCAAAAAGUCAGGGCAUAACAGGCCUAGACAAAUUGCUUACAGGGGCCAUACAGACUCCGUAUCAGGAUGUUGCAGAGUACCCUAUUCCAGAGAUGUCAUCUGAGUCUUUCAACUUAUUUGACAUAAACAAGACUGUGUUGGAAACAGUUGAUAUGGAUACAACUCAAGCUGGUGGGAAUAUUGAUACGUUUUUUCCGCCGAUGGACUUCCAGAAUGAACCAUCCAUGGAAUUAAAGUUUGACACAAUGUCUUUCCUUCAGAGCCUACAGGGAAAACCAUCUGAUAGGUUGAAAACAAUGCAGAUAUACUCCCCAAAGAGAGACAGAUAUAUACAAGAACAAUCCUCUCCUGAUGGUCCGUCUCUACCUAUUAACUUUAACAAUAUGGACCACGACAAGGAAAACAUGAUACCCAUGGAAGCUCUUCCAUCUUUUACCAACAGUAACCAGGAACCGGAAGCUUUGAAGUAUGUUAAAAAGAACAAGGAACCUCAAGCUAGUGUUGAUUCAAGAAUGUUUCUUCAGAGUUUGUUUGGUGGAAAUUCAAAGAAUACUGAAGAAACUAAACAUGAUAUAGAGGAGAUGGAAGAAACAGCUUGUAUUGAUGGCAUAGUUACACAGGUUGAUAAAGGUGACAUGAAUAGAAAUUCGGGUGCCUUUUCAGUGGGUAGAAAUGAUGAUGUAACGAGGUAUUUCAAUACAGAAGAUGUCACUGUAGGUAUAGAGGAAACAAAAUGUGUUGGAGGGAUUGUUAAUGAAGUUAUGGGUGUAAGUCAUAGUGAUGAAGCCGAUAAAGAGAACUCUGUGCAUUUAGCAAAUCGGACAGUACACAUGGAGGAAACUAGACCUGUAGGAGGAAUUCUGAAAGGGGGAGGUCUUAACACUACUGUACAGACUGGAUUGAGAAUGCAGCAGGGGUAUAACAGUGGAAUUAAUGCUGAAGACAACGUUACAAGGUGUUUCAAGAUGGAGGAAGAUGCAGAUGAUGGCAUUGAAGAAACAAAAUGUGUUGGAGGCAUUCUGAGUAAAGCUGGAAAAAAUGUUGAAAACAGCAUUGUUGAAAGUCAAAUUGGUAGAACCAGUCUAGGCAGAGCACCUUCUAACAAAUUGUCAGCUGACAAAACUAGAAUUUCUGUUGAAGAUAAAGAAAUACGAACUCCAAGCCCAAUGGAAGUAACUGCACAAGGUGUUGCCAGUAUCAAUAAUUUUACACCAGAGGCUACAAUUAAUUUUAAUGUAUCUAACAUGCAAGAUAACAUGGAAGAAACAAAGGCCAUUGGUGGCAUUAUUAAUAAAACUGUAAGUGUAAUGAGAAAUGAACAAAUAACUGAAUCUGACGGUAAAUACAGAAUGGAUACAGGAAACCAGACUGUUACAAUGGAAGAAACCGUAGCUCUAGGAAAGAUUUUAGAUACAUCAAAGAAUGGCUUAGAUCAGUCAGUAAAUAAGUCCAUUGUUGAAUCACAGCAGUUGGUGGAUUCAACUACCGUAAUGGAAGAAACUAAGCCAGUUGGAGGAAUCCUGAAAAUUAAUCAAAGUAUACAUGAGAAAUUCAAUCUGUCAAGGCAGCAAGAGGAGAAGAUGGAGGUUACAAAAAAUAUAACAGUUCCAAUGGAAGAGACCAAAGCUAUUGGUGGUUUUCUCGAAAAAAGCAAAGUUGAAACAUUGCUUACACCAUGUGCAGAUGAGGCUGUUUCUAAUAAGACACUUAAUGUUUCUGUAGCUAUGGAAGAAACAAAAGCUCUUGGUGGUCUUCUUGAUAAAACAGUGCCUAAAGCAGUUGUUGAGAAUUCAUCAGAUAAUGAUUUUGUUGAUAAAACAGUUGAUUAUACUGUAGCAAUGGAUGAAACUAAAUCAGUUGGCAGGAUUCUUGAAAGGACGAACAUUGGUCAGAUUCCUUCUAAUAGCAAAGAUGAUAGUUGUUCUAACAAAACUCUGAAUCAAACUGUACCAGUUGAAGAAACUAAAUCAGUUCGUGGUAUUUUAAACAAGACUGCAGAUCGGACAAUGUGUUUUGAUGAGGUCAAAACUGAUUGGUUAUCAGAAGACUUAAAGUCAGACAGUAGUGGAAAAGCUGCAGAUGGGACAGCUGUUCAGGAGCACAACAAAACAGUUGGCAUUGAGGAAACCAAAUGUGUUGGUGGAAUUUUGUCCAGUGAUAUGGAGAUGAUGAAAGGGAAGUUUGAAAAUAUGUAUAACCAUGCUAAUGAUGAUGAUACAGGUAAUAAAACAGUUAUUGAACCAGUUAUAAUGGAAGAAACCAGAUGUGUUACUAAUGUAGUGAACAAAGACACCAGUGAAUUGAACACUGGUGCAAAGGUCAAAAGUGACAAAAACUAUAAAUUGCAGAGUCAGAUAAAAAUUUCAGACAAGGAAGAAUCCAAAAGUGAGGUGUGCAUGGAAAGUGACUUUAAUGUGAAAAAUAAGGAAAUUGAAGGGGAAAAUAAAACAUGUUCUGAUAAAGAUGUAGAAAGUAACAGUAAUGAUGUUGAAAUUGAUGAUGAGAUAACAUUUAAGGUUUCAAAUAAGAGAAACUUUGAUGAAUGUAAAGGUGAAAUAUUGGACAAAAAUGAAGAAAAGACGAAGGAUUUCACACAGUCAAAUUUGGCCAAGUUAAAGGAAAUGCUGAUACUGAGUAAGAGAAAAACAGCAGCACAUCUUCGACAAGGUGACAUCAGAACUCCUUCCAAGUUUUCACCAUUAUUCCCAGGAUCAGCACCUGAAAGCAGUUCGAAAGCCUCCUGUAGUAGUAAGUUGGAUUUAGGAGUGACUAGGAGUCCAGUUCACAAGAGACAGAGAUUGUCAGAAGUUGAUGUAGGAGUUAGCGGAGAGACUGAUGAUGAUUUUGAUGGAAAUGAAAAGACUGAUGCUACUGCAGCUCUCCUCAUGGGUUUUGAGGAUGAUGGCUUUACUACUGGUCUUUUGGAAAAUAGCAAGAUUGAAGCUACAGACAUACAAGGUAUAGAUGAUGAACAGAUGCCAGAUACCUUGCACCAUGACUUUUGUGUCUCCAACUCCAGCAAUGAAACACGCAGUGAUAAGAACUCAACAGUUCACAGUGAGCCAGUGUCUACGACAGUUCAAGAGAGCAAUGAGACACACAGUAGUGGAAAUGAUACCCGAAACAAUUCAAGUGUCAACUUGUCCAUGUUUUCAAACAAGUCAUUUGCUCUUUCUUUUGUUGUACCAGAAGGUCCAUUGUCACUGGAAUCAUUCUUCAAGCUGACAUUCACUCUGUCUUCAAAGAUCCAGGGAGCAAGAUGUAGUACAAUAUUUGUACCAAGGAUAGAUGUAGACGAUUUAACGGAAGUCUUGCAUGCUGAACUUACAUUGAACCCUAUUGUACAAGCCAAGAAAAGAUUGAAGGCCAACAUCACACAACAGAUAGAGAAGUCUGAGGCCAACAUGGCAUGGCUGGAGAAAUCAUUAGAGGAGACCCAGCCUGAAAUCUUCCAGGAGUGUGCAAAAGCUUCCAGUGAUGAGCUUCAGAAGAUAACAGGUCAGUUAAGAUCGUUGUUGUUGGCAUGUCACAAAGAGGUAGAGAUAGCCUGGAAAGAGAGAACAAAGGAAAUGUUUACUGAAGCUUUACAUGAUAUCCAGGAAAAUGGAGUGACUAGGGCUGAGGAGAUGUUACAUAAAGUCCAGUCAGACAGUCAGUCACUGGAUGAUCUUUUAAUCUCUCUUGAUGAUGAUUUGGAGAGCCUGGAAAGAAAUGAUCAGCUGUUAGAGGAACUUCAAUCAAGGGAAGAAAAGUUGAACAGUGAGAUGGAAAAACUUACUGUUGCUUUACGAGAAAAGUCGACGGAAGAGCAUGAAUUACUUACACAAAUACAGUGCCAGUCCCAGAAAGAAACAACUGAUGAAGUUAAAAAUCAGUUGAUGCAGGAAAUAUUGGCACAUCUCAUCUGUUGUGAAUGGAAUCUGGAUGAGUUUGAGGAAGACUUUGUAGUAUUUACAUUCCUGGAUGAUAAAGUAGAACUACAUGUUGACUUCCUACUUGGUGCUAAAGAAAAGCAGAUAAGCAAUAUUUCCUUGAGGUUAUUAAAAUCAUCAGCAGAUAAUGUAUUCUUUGAGGACAAGGUAGCUUUUGCAUUUAUAUUGGAAGGAAUCAAUACUGACAGUCUGAAACAGAGAUUUACAACAUUCUCCUCUCUUCCAAAGUUAUUACAUGAAGUUUCUGUGUCUAUCAAUGAGAUAAGAAUGUUCUGCAAGGAUCUCGAAGAAGUCCAUACAUACAAUGUGCUCAAGUUUGAAAAUAACAGUAUACAUAUAGAGCUGUGGGAUAGAGAUACCAUGGAUUUUAUCAAAACCAGCUUCAAAUUUAACCCCAGUCAUCCUCUUACAAGCCAUGUAGAGACUAGUGUUACUGUACGAUUUGGAAAACUAAAAUCAUGUUACAUUGAGGACAAGUUGAGGGACAUUACACCAGGUCCAAGAUAUCUCUCCAGGCUGAUACAGUCUGUGAACUUUAACCAGUUUAAGAACGAUACCAGCAUGGAAUCAUAGCAAUACAGUUACAGCAUGAUGCACAAGCUUGUAAUAAAAGUUUAGGCAGCCUAAAAAGUGUAAUUUAUUUUUCAAGAGACAUCGGGUUCAGUAGAAUAUUCUGUUUCAACACUGCUUUAUGCAGACUGAUUUUAGACUUUAAAAUACUUGCAUGUUAUUAUUGCUAUGAAAAGUAACUUUAUACAUAAAAAUGUAUUAAUCAUACUGAUGUGAUGAAAUGUCAGUUACUGCAAAAGUUAUGCAAAGAUGCAAGAUUUCAAAUAUUUUUUUAUUUUAAAUUCAAAUUUUCCCAAAUAUUGUUAAUGAAGGAUAUUAAUGGCUUAUUUUAGUAUGGAAAAUCAAAUAAGUUAACAUUUUUGUAAAAUGAUGAGAGAUGAAAACAUCUAUGGUGUAAAAAAAAUGUUUUUAUGUCCUUAAUUUAUGCUCAUGUAUACAGAGACUGUGUAAUAUUAAAUGCCCAUGUGUACAGAGUAAAUGUAACAUUUACUUGAAAUGAAAUAGCAAAUGCUCUGCUUUAAUUGUUGUCAAAUGAAAUUAUGUACAAAUUCUUUAAUGUUGGACAAGAACUCCCAUUUAUUCAAGUCAGCAGCCAUACCUUAGCAGGAUGAUAAAUUUCUUAAUGUGUCAAAACUGUAUUUAGAGCACAUGUUAAGGAAGCUUCCUCAAGAUCUACACCAAAAUAUUCAUAUUUUGAAAUUGGAAAGUUUUAUUAUAUACAUGUAUUAUUAAAGGGCACAAAGUUAUAUUAACUAAAUUCAGGUUGGUGCAAGUUGUAAUGGUCAGCUUGGCUUAUUGUUUAACAUCAGGAUUUUCUUGCGACUUGGGAACUUUACACAUCCUACAGAUUAUGCACAAAUUGUUGAAUAAAACGCAGACUAUUCACAUUGAAUACUACCACUUUA